GAUAAAUAUUGGGUCGGAUGAGCUCAUAUUGUUGUUAAGCCAUAGGUGGGGUUCAGGGGAUAUUGGAUUCUAUUAGAUAUGCAGUCUACCACAUAACAACUACCCCUCAUAUAGCCUUGCUUCCCUUGGAUAUGUUCCCCUCAAUAAUGCAUAGGAAUCACGUAAAGAUGGGCAAAGGCCUAGAUGGAAAAAAAACGUGUAUACACAUUUACUAUUUUACCGACCUUUCCCACCAUUUCUAAGAAUAACAAGAGAAGCAGUAGUAAGAAUUUUUUUAUCUACAUCUUCCAGUAAUUUCUACUUUUGGAACUCCAUUUGAAGAAAACCAUUUGCAGAUUACCCGGGAACGAAAAGAGACAGGCAUUCAUGUUCCCCACAACAGGUCUUACAACCAGUAUAUAAAGCCUCACAACACAAACACCAAACUCACCAUCUUGACUUACAAGCUAUUCUUAAACUACUACUCUAGCAACAAGAAGCCAUCGCUUGUCUGAUACUUCCAUUAUUCAUAAUUCUUCUUAUUAGUACCAGUGGAACCUCAUGGUUCAUUCAUCUUCAAAUUAGGGUACUCAAAACUCCUAUAAUCAUGUUAAGUAGAGUAGAAAAAUUGACUAGACUGCUAUGUUGUCUAGAUAGAGUACCAUGCUAUCACCCAAGACUGUAGUUCCUUAUGCAAAUAACUUCUCUGGAUUACUUUGCAUGCCUUUUAAUAGAAGUUAGGGCUACAACUUAUAACAAAAGGAUUAAUAAUAUUUCCCAUUGCCAUGUGAGAUUUAGGCUACAUGCAAAGGGAGUUAUGUCAUAUAACUCUUGUUUGGCUGCACUGAGAAUUGAUGAAACCUAAAUUUCUUAUCAUUUACCCCUUCAAAUGAAUAUUAUUAAACAGGAAAAAUGAGCUGGUCCGGAGGAGAUUGGAUGUGUGGUGCUUGCCAGCACAUUAAUUUCAAGAAGAGGGACGUAUGCCAGAGUUGUGGAUACCCCAAGUAUGGAGGUCCUGACCCUUCAACCUAUAGAUACAACAGGACUGAAGCGUUGGCAGGGGACUGGUAUUGCACCGCUAUGAACUGUGGAGCUCAUAACUAUGCCAGCAGAUCAAGCUGCUAUAGAUGUGGUGCAUUGAAAGAUGAUUAUUCUUCAGGAUAUGGGGGGAACAUGGCAGGUUCUGGAGGAUAUGGAUCUGAUAGCAGUUUCCCUCCAGGAUGGAAGACUGGAGACUGGAUUUGCCCAAGAAUUGGCUGUGGAGUGCAUAAUUAUGCUAGCAGGACAGAAUGCUAUAAAUGCAAAAUCCCAAGGGAUUUUGGUGAGAACAGUUUAGUCUUCCGGCAGUUUCGUCUGUCCAGUUCUUUAGAAAAUGCCAUUUAACCUCGGUUCCAAUGAUAAAUUUAUUACUUCUGUUUCAGGUGGUGCAGACUGAAAGAAGAAAUUUCAGAAGACCUGCAAUAUCACUGAUUUGCCUCAACAUUCUAUCUUGCUUUCCCUAUGUUAAGCUCUAGAUAAAUCAUGGAUGAAGACCCUCUGUUAGAAUCAUAGCAAUGUAUUUUCAUUAGAGAGGAUACCCAGCAUUUUUUGUUUCUUGCUAGAUGUACUGACAAGAAGGUUAUGAAAUCCAUAUAUACUAUUUUCCAUAUUCAUUGCUAAUAUAAUUAAGCUUUAGAACUUACGUUAA